UUUCGUGCGCUGAAUCCUCGCUUGGUUCUGUGACUCAGCUCAGAAGAAAACUUAAAUGUGACUUAAGAGUACAAGGCCUCACGUGCACAAAGUAGAACGUAGAAAGUGAAUUUCCAAUUUCAUUUGUAGCAAUAUACGUUGAUUUUAACCCUUGUGUGAAGUUCUUUUUUAUUUCUUAAAAUGGGGUACGCACAACUUGAUGGGUGUGGUAAUUGUGUGAAAUACGCAAUGUUUGUUACCAAUUUAAUAAUUUUUCUUGGUGGGUUAGUUCUUGUAGCUUUAGGAAUAUGGUCAAUAACUGAUAAAGCUUUUGCAAAUCAACUCUUGGGAACAAAUUUAUACUCAGGAUCUAUCUACAUCAUGUUAACAAUGGGAAUAAUAGUUUGUUUUAUUUCCUUUUUGGGAUAUUUUGGCUCUAUUAAAGAAAUUAGAUGUCUUCUUGUUGCUUAUUUCAUUUGCGUUUUUUUAAUAUUUGUAACAAUGCUUAUUGGAGGAAUUUUGGGAUAUGUGUUUAGAGGAAAAAUUGAGACCACCUUAGAAAAUGCUAUGUUAGCCUCAUUAAAACAUUAUGGAAAUAACCGGGCAGUUACCGAUGCUUGGGAUGAAACUCAAACUAGACUGCAAUGUUGUGGAGUCAAUUCAUACCGCGAUUGGGAUUUCAAAACUCCCGAUACAUGUUGCAGGGAGACCGCUCCUGGUGUAAGACAAUCAUGUCAAGAUGUUACCCAACAUAGCCCAAUAAUUAUGUAUACCAACGGUUGUUUGAAUAUCACUAAGAAAUUGGUUAAAGAACAUGCGGUUAUUAUUGGAAGUGCUGGAAUAAUUGUCGCUUGUAUAUUGAUUUUGGGAAUGAUUUUUUCGUGUGCUUUAUACAAGAAGAUUGAUGAGUAAAAAGAAUGAGUAGUUAUGUACAAAGAGGAGUUACUAUAUUUGUUUCUGAAUAUUUUAAGUACAAAAUUUAUUUUUAUAUAAUCUUUUUAAAUUAAUAAACUCAACAUUUAAAUGUC